GUACAGCAUGCCACUAAGUACAUCACAAACAGACAGUGAAACAGUUCACAUGGAGCAACAAGACAGCGAUGUAACUAGUAUAUCACAACCAGAGAAUGAAAUGUUAUCUGGUACUUUAGAGAGGGAAAAUUCAGAUCAAGUUUAUCUGGCUAAAAUUGAACUUGUUGUGUUUGAUCCUGCUGCAGAAGCAGAAGUCGUAUCUGAAUCUGAUCAGGUCCGAGGUGAUCAUGGCCUGGAAAGCUGUUGUGAUUUGCAGAACUGCAAAGUGUUGGUUUCUGAGUCUCUAACUGUUAGUGUGUCUUUACAAAAACAGACUGAGCAAACAGAGCACAGUGCAUGUCAGAUAAACAAACACAUCCAAAAACCUUCUAAACAAGUUCAUGACCUUUCUGCCACAAAAGAAGACCAUCAAUCAUUUAGUAACAGUAGCCAUGACAAGAAUGAAUCUGAUGGUGAUUAUAGUUUGAUUGCACAGGAAGAAGGUGGGCCUGUUUCGGCUGCUCCUCAAAGCGAACAGGUAGCUUUGGCCUCUGUCACCAUGGGGCCUGAGGAGGAUCCGGUUACGCUCAUUUCACAGGGUCAGGUGAGGACAGAGUCCCACGAGGACAGACACAACGAGACUGAGGUGAAACGUCAGACAAAAGAAGCACAUGCAGAAAGAGAACUUGCAGGAAAUUUAUCUUGUAAGGAAGAAGGAACAGUAGAAAAGAAAAGCAUUGGAGUGACAGAAAGCAAGACAGAGAAUGAUGUAGUAGCAGUUUGUAAGGCAGAGGAAGUUGAGACCGCUCAAACAGGUCUGGUAGAUGCCACACCCAAGUCUGAUUCCAAUGUUCAAGUUCAGGAGGAGGGCAGCUCCUCUGUAGGAACAGAUGAGAAGAAACAAACCGAUGUUGAAGAGAAAGGGGUGGAGGAAGAGGAGACCGAGGACAUUACUGUGAGUGAGCAAGAGGCCAUAGUGACCAGCUAUUCUGAAAAUAUUGUCCAGCCAGCAUGCAAUCAAGUACUUGAUCCAGACGCAGAUGUGCCUGACACAAAUGGACACAUGCUCACUCAGGACAAACCUACCUCCAAAGGAGAAGGGCAAAAUACAGAGGAGGAGAGAAAGGGGGAAAAUAAGGAGCGGCAAGAGAAUGAGGUUACUUCCUCUGCCAAUGGCUCUCCAGCGGGGCAUCAGCAACAAGCAGACAUGGAGACCCGUUUCCAUCAGCAGGAAGAGCAAGCAUCCAGUCAGGAAGUAGACAGCAUUGUUUCCCACCUGUCUGCUAAAACCCAAAUUGAAGACCCCUCAGCAGUUCCUUCACCACUGCCUCGAAUCUCCCAGAAGACCCAGCCUGUCCAGAGUGAGGCUCAUGACAUCAAUCCUGAUGUCCUGAGCUCUGGAGUGCUCUGCCUGCCGGGAACAAGAGAUAAAUCAGGCCAUGCCCUAGUGACAGUCACAAUGAGAAACACUAUCUGGUUGAAUCCGAACUGCAAUAGUGGAGAGCUGGUGCGGAUCAUGGUCUAUUUCUUCAGUACACUCAGGAAGGAAGUCAGUGCUUUGGGCCUGACUGUCCUGGUGGAUGCCCGCAGGUGUUCUCCUGUCCCCGCCCUCUUUAAAUCCUUCAACAUCCUCCAGGAAGCCAUGCCGGGAUGCAUUCAUACAGUACUGCUGCUGGCCGACAGAGAUCUGGCUCUACGUGUGGAGAAAACCACUUCUAUACAGGUGGAGUUGUUGACAUCGCUUAAGUCUCUCUAUAAGCAUGUUGACAUCGCUCAACUCCCCACUGAGUUUGAAGGCACUUUCCCUUAUUCCCACAGCAGCUGGAUCUGUUUCAGAAUGAGGCUGGAGCUGCUGACCAGCCAUUGUGAGGAUGCUGUGAACCUGCUUCAGAACACCAUCAGCAAACUGGAGUCUACAGUGCUGCCCCCUACAGCAGAGGAAGCACAGAUCUUAUUGUGUAAGUACAGAGAGUCGAUGAGGACUGUUCUGGAGGACAGCAGGUUGGUGCGACUACAGCUGGAGGGAGGAGCCGCUCUGUCCCGUUUGCGAAAAGAGGAUACCAGCGUCAGUCUGACAGAGGACUACAGAGAUGCCAUCGAGAGUGCAGGCUGUCUGUACAACCAAGUGGAUGAGUUGGUUCACAGACUGGUGAUGCUGUCCAACAAAUGCACACAGGAACUGGAAUUCAUCAUGGAGUUUAAGACUCUGGAGGAGGGAUUCAGAGAGGUGAGUCAGUGGAUAGAAGAAGUGGGCGAGACUCGUCUGCAGACACUGAGUGAGCUGGAAGAUUCCUUGGAGAAGUUACAUCAUAAACAGACUGUCUUCAGAGAAUUUUACACAGCUGCAUAUGAGCACUGUAAGAGCGGUGAAGCUCUCCUCAAGCGCUUAGAGAAGUGGGAAGACAUCUCUUCAGCAGAGCUGCAGGUGUACGAGGUGAAAGUACGCUCAUUCUGGGUCCAUCUACAUGAUUUCUCCCAGCGAGUGGAGGAAACCAAGGAUAAAAUUGACAAGACUGUUCGACUCUACGAGUUUUUUGACAAGGCAUAUGAAUGGGCGCUAGAGGGCAUGCGCCAUUUGGCGUGUGUUAGUAUGGAGGAAUGUGGCAUGUCUGAGAAGUGUCAGAGUGUGAUCACGUGUCUGGAGACCUAUCGCAGUCAGCACCCACCGAUCCCCGACACACACUUCCAGGAGAUGAAGGACCUCGCUGGGGAGCUGAAGAGCGAGCAGGGACUCAAGCAGUGGAAGUUUGCUUGGUCCAAGUGUCAGGAGACCAAGCAGAUGUUUGAGAAGAAGCUGGAGAUGGCCCUGCGCACUCGCCGCGAGAGUGACCUUAAAUCAGCGAGGGGUGACUCCUCUCGCCGGAACUCAGACUGUAGCGCUAAACCUCAGGAGCGUAGCAGUAGCAUCUCCUUCUCAUGUCGGAAAGUGUUCGGUGGAGGCUGGGGCAGGGACAGACUUUCCUCACAGUCCAGCACGUCCUCCACUCCUAGCAGUUCUUCAGGCAAUCACAUGGACACCCGUGACUCUGUCCGAACCCCCACAGGAAGUCCAUAUAGCAUUGAGCACAGAAUCCCCCACAGCACCCCUGUCAGAUCCCACAGGCUAACACGUAGCAUCUCUACAGAUGAGUCUCCACAGCGGCCACAACUGGAGGGGCAGGCAUGUGCAACAAGCCCAAGCCUCAAUUCUAUAGAACCAAACCGCAGGGUUUUGAGGAAGACCCAGAGCUUUGAUACGGCCGGUAGUGAAUCUGUGUCACGCUACGGGACCUGUCAGAGAACUUUGAGUGAGCCUGCACGGAGAGGAAACACAGGGGUGUUCAUUAAGGGUCUGGAGGUGAGCAGCACUGAAGUGAUCGAUCGGCCGUACAGCCCGCGCAUGCCGCCCAUGCAUGGAUGGUCUUCUGUUGAUUCACACCGCAGCGGGAGUCCUGCACCAGAAACACGCAGCAAGGGCAGUAAACUACGCCACAUCGUAGAUGAGAUGGUGACAACGGAGCGGGAAUAUGUGCGUUCUCUGCGGUACAUCAUUGACAACUAUUUCCCUGAGAUGGAGCGCACUGACCUGCCACAGGACCUGCGGGGAAAGCGCAACGUCAUCUUUGGAAACCUGGAGAAGCUGGUGGACUUCCACAGCCAGUAUUUCCUGAAAGAGCUUGAGAGCUGCUCUAAUCAUCCUCUACGAGUCAGCCACUGCUUCCUACGACAUCAAGACCAAUUCAGCCUGUAUGCUUUAUACAGCAAGAACAAGCCAAAGUCAGACACACUUCUGGCCAGCCAUGGAAACUGCUUCUUCAGGCAUAAGCAGCUGGAGUUGGGCGAUAAGAUGGACCUGGCGUCGUACCUGCUGAAGCCCAUCCAGCGCAUGAGUAAGUACGCCCUGCUGCUGAAAGACCUGAUCAAAGAGGUGAGCGAAGUCCAGGAGCAGGAGCUGAUGUACCUACGUGCUGCCGCCGAGAUGGUCAAAUUCCAGCUUCGCCACGGCAAUGAUCUGCUCGCCAUGGACGCUAUCAGAGAUUGUGAUGUGAAUUUGAAAGAGCAGGGGCAGUUGGUUCGGCAAGAUGAGUUCACAAUUUGGUAUGGCAGGAAGAAGUGCCAAAGACAUGUGUUCCUGUUUGAGGAUCUAGUGCUGUUCAGCAAACCCAAACGCAUUGAGGGUGGCCUGGAUGUUUACAUAUAUAAGCACUCUUUUAAGACGGCUGAUGUGGGUAUGACAGAGACGUCGGGGGAGAACGCUCUGAGGUUUGAGGUCUGGUUCAGGAGGAGAACUUCCAAGAACCAGACCUACAUUCUCCAAGCCAGCACCUCUGAGAUCAAACACGCCUGGACCUGCGACAUUGCACGGAUACUAUGGCAGCAGGCCACGAGGAAUAAAGAAAUUCGAAUGCAGGAGAUGGUCUCUAUGGGGGUGGGCAAUAAACCCUUCCUGGACAUUAAACCCAGUGAUGCUGCUAUCAACGACAGAGCCAUUGACUACAUCAUGAAAGGCAGAGGGGCCAGGACGAGAGCCUCCAUUGCUGUCUCGCUUUUUGACCACUCAAACCCAUUCAAACGAGCUGCAGUAAAUACUCCUGUUAGUGGCCCCCCAGUGUCCGGUGGCCCCUCUUCUUCCACACUGCUGGGGCCAUUGAAUCUACAUAUGUACAGCAGCCAAAGCCUGUUAGCAGGGGAGAUACCUCUCAUCAGCCCCUGCAUCGAGGAAGACGAGCUGGAGCAUGAGACGAGCAGUCAGCCAUCUAUGACUACAGAGAGUUCGGGUUCGUCGUCUCACUGUCUGUCAGGUAGUGGCUCGAGCGGGUCAGACAGCGGAUGUGUGUCCAGUCACCUUCCCGAGGCUUUGUCCGAGGAGCCCAGCUCACCGUGUGACUCCUCCUGUUACUCCUCCAUCACCUCUCACACCCAGGAGAAACCCUGCUUUAACAGCCAGUACAUCUCAGCGGGGGAAGCUCAGGUGAUUGGUCCCUCUACUAUAGUGUGAGCUCAGUAAGCACUGCUGCAGUUUAAGACCUGUCUGCUUCAGACUGCGAAGACAACGUUGCCACACUGAAGAGAAGUACAGAGCUAGUAUUUAUUGUUCCCACUGAGUGCCAGCAAAUCUCAUGCAGAGUUUAAAAUGCGCUCAAAAUAGCACUGUUUCUCUUUCUUUUUUAAGCCACUUUUAGCUUCAAUAGCUUUUAUAUAAUUUUAAAAAUGAUCUAUAAAACUGAAUAAAUAUUCUUGUAUUUAUCUUCUUUUCAAAUGUUAAGAUACAGUAGUGUUCUCAGCUGUAUUAUUAACUGUAAAUACUGUAGUAGUGUACAAUACACUUCUGAACUGUU